CGGCCAGACUACCAACACCACCACCACCACUUUUCAUCGUUACUGUGGAUGAAAAUUCAAACUUUCUACACAUGAUGAGGAUUCCAACAAUGUUUGGCAUUAAAUACGGUGACCAACUUUCCGAGGAAGCUACACUAUCAGUGCCUGAUAUCGAAAAUGGAAAGUGAAAGUGAAGAAAGAAGGUGGCAAGUUUUGGCUCCGUGAUGGCAUUCAAGAUUUUGUAAGAUAUUAUUCAAUCAAGCAAGGUUUCGUUCUAACAUUUAUGUCUCAAGGGAUUUCAGAAUUUUUAGUUCGUAUAUGCUCCAUGGGAUCUGAGAUUGAGUACCCUUGUCAUCUUGACAAACAUGACAAGGAAAAAAAUGACUCUAAUCACGAUGAUGAUAUUCAAUUUUUGGGUGUUAAUCUUCAUCGUUAUGUUAAGGGCCAAGCUGAGAAAACCUCCAUUGGAAGAAAAGAUGAUCAAGUUCCGAGGAAAAGGGGCAGGCCUAGAAAGGAAAAGAAAGGUACUAGUUCUGCUCGCGCGGUGGCUGGACCGAGGAGUCGAGCUUCUGCUGAGAGAAAGAAACAAAGAGAAAGCUUGGACAAGUCUCAAUCACAUGAAGAAGAUGAUGUUCAACCAAAGAAAAGAACAGUGAAGCACUCCAAAGAAACUGAGAAGGCAAUUGAUGCAGCCUCUGCUAUGAUCACUUAUGAGCUUAUUAAAAAUCCAGCUUUCUUGGUGGUCUUAACUCAAUAUGAUAUGACCUCUAGUUGUGUGGAUGUGCCUCUGAAGUUUGCUGAGGACAAUUUGAAUGGGAAUUUGGAUUCAAAAGACUUGACACUUCAGGCACACAAUGAGGAGAGAAAAUGGCCUGCAAAGCUAGGCUAUUAUAGAAAUAGAGUAAAAAUAGGUCAAGGUUUGGGCCAAUUCUUGGCAAGUAAAGAUUUGAAGGAAGGAGAUGUCUGUGUGUUUGAGAUGAUAAGAGAUGGAGAGGUUAAUGAGAUUUUGUUCAAGGUUUGGAUUUACAAGGCAGUAGCUGAUGAAGUUGAUCUUUUUGUUCACUGACUGGUUUAGAACUGAGUCUUAUUAAUGGUUUUUAAUGUUUGUUGAAUUUAUGUGAAAAUAUUAUUUAGUAUUCUAUUACUUAUUGACAGAAGUGUUUUCAAAUCACCUUAAUAUGGUAAUUUGAUUUUUUUUUCUUUCUUCUUUUUAUGUAUGUAUAUAUUUAUUUUAAUUUUUUUUUAUUUUGUUUAAUUAUUAGUUUUAGUACAAUUCAAUUAAUGGUCUGUGGUGCAACCAAAAAUUUAGAGUUUGCAUUUGAUUAAACAUUUACUAAUUAAAGUUUUAUUAUUUGGAGGUUACAAUAUUUAAUAUUUGAUCGUUUGAAGUUUCUUGGGUUAAAGAUCCCAUUUCUAUUUAAAGGUAGUUAAUU